AUGGAAAGCCCACACGAGCACCAGCAGAAUCUUCUGCUAUCUCGCAUCAUCACCAAUGUUGAGAAACUCAACGAGGCUGUUAUGGUCAUGAACAGAUCCUUACAGGAAAUCAACAUCCAGAACAUGAACGUCGAGCUAGUUGCUCAAAUGUUCAAGAACUACCAGUCCAAUGUUCUAUUUCAUCUUGAGGCAACCGAGGAGCUUCCUCCUCUACCUGGACCUCCUGAGAGGACGUACCCGCCAGCGAAGAUAUUCCCGGUUAAAGAGUCAAAGUUUGAGAAACCGAUUCCUGUACAGCACGAUGGGCGAGAGAAAGCAUUGGCGCAAGGUCCCGGAGGUGCGGCCAUCGUUAUUGACAAUGGCUCGUCGGCAGUCCGCGCAGGUUGGUCCUUUGAAGAAAAGCCACGAUUGAACAUUCCCCCGAUCAUGUCCAAGUAUCGCGACCGAAAAGCCGGAAAGACCUAUUCCUUUGCUGGCAGCGAUUGCUACGCCGACACGACGGCGAGGAGCCACAUUCGAUACGCUUUUGAGCAGGGAACGGGAAUAGUCAGUAAUUGGGAUGUCAUGGAGCACGUGCUUGACUACAUCUUUCUCAAGCUCGGCCUGAAUGGCGAGGAUUCGUCCAUAGACAUUCCUAUCGUUAUGACAGAAGCCGUCGCGAACCUGCCAUAUUCGCGGAAAUCAAUGACCGAAAUCGUUUUCGAAUGUUACGGUGCGCCAUCGCUGGCAUACGGUAUCGACUCCAUGUUCUCAUACAGACAUAACAAAGGAAACACGGGCAUCGUAGUCUCAUCAUCGUACACAUCCACACACGUAAUACCCGUCUACAACCACAAAGCCAUGCUGAGCCAAGCCACGAGAUUGAACUGGGGCGGUUGGCAUGCGGCGGAGUACCUGCUAAAGCUGAUCCGGCUUAAAUACCCCUCCUUCACAGGGAAGCUUAACGUGUCGCAGGCGGAACAUAUGCUUCGCGACCAUGCCUAUGUUUCCACUGACUACGACAACGAGCUUCGAGGCUACCUUGACUGGACUGGGCUCGAAGACCGGGAUAUUGUUAUUCAAUAUCCCUUCACCGAGGAAGUAGUCGUCCAAAAGACCGAGGAGGAGCUGGCUCGUAUUGCUGAGCGUAAAAAGGAGAGCGGUAGACGUUUACAGGAACAAGCUGCGAAGAUGAGGCUAGAAAAGCUCAUGCGCAAGGAGAACGAGCUCGAGCACUACAAGAAACUGCAGGCCAAGAUUGAGCAACAGACGAACAAGAAGGAAGUUCGGCGGCUCCUGGAUAGUAACGACCUUAAGGAUGAAAAUGCUCUGGAGAAGGCCAUAGCCGUUCUGGAUAAGGCGGUCAAGAAGGCCCGUACGAAGGACGUCGGGGGAGACCCCGAGGAGGACCAGCAGGAGCCUGUGUUCGACCUGCUCGACGUCCCGGACGAGGAGUUGGACGACGCCGGUCUCAAAGCCAAACGUCAGCAGAAGCUCAUGAAGUCUAACCAUGACGCUCGCGCCCGCGCAAAGGCAGAGAAAGAAGCCGAAAAGGCCCGUAUCGAGGAGGAGAAGCGCCUCGAUCAAGAGCGCCGCGAGAAUGAUCUGGAAGGCUGGCUUGAAGAGAAGCGAGAGGCGCGCAACGUCACCCUCCAGAAGAUGAAGGAGCGCGAGCGCCUCAAGCAGGACCUCGGCAACCGCAAGUCCCUUGCCUCGCAGAUCCGCAUGAAGAGUAUCGCCAAUCUUGCGUCGGACAACCCGACCAAGAAGCGUCGCCGCGGUGGUGACGAUGACAACUUUGGUGCGAACGAUGAUGACUGGGGUGUGUACCGUCAGAUCGUGGUCGGCGACAACAGUGACGAUGAGCACGAGGAGGAGGACCUCAAUGCCAACCUCAAGGCUUACGAGCAGGACCUUCUUCGCUACGACCCUGACUUCACGUAUGAGCACACACACGAGGCUCAGACAGACUGGUCAAAGUCUAUGCUGCACGCCUUCGCCCGUGGUCCCCGCCCCUUUGACGCCGGCUCCCAGGCCGAGCUGAACCAGAUCCACCUUAACGUUGAGCGCAUUCGCGUGCCUGAGGUCGUUUUCCAGCCCGCUAUCGCUGGAGUGGACCAGUCAGGUCUCGUCGAGAUUAUCGGUGACAUCCUCAACCAGCGUCUCAGCAACGUACCCAACCGCGAGGACUUCUUGCGUGACGUCUUCCUCACGGGAGGCAAUACACUCUUCCAGGGCUUCGACGACCGCCUGCGUGAAGGUCUGAGGCCGCUGCUCCCCGCCGAUUCGCCCCUAACCAUCCGCCGCGCCCAAGAUGCUCUGCUGGACGCAUGGAAGGGCGCCGCAGGUUGGGCAGGCUCAGCCGCCUGGAAAGCUGCCACCAUCACGCGCGAGGAGUACCAGGAGAAGGGAUCAGAGUAUAUCAAGGAGCACGAUCUUGGCAACACUUCAUAUGUAUGA